AUGGUGCUUGAACGAAUGUAUAAUGGAAUAAUGAGCGGCACACCGCCGGCACAUAAUUACACAACACAACGGCCAGUAGCUAUGGCCGAAACUACGCGGCUCAAAACUCCACCAGCAGAUGCUAUCAUUUUAGAACCCAUCGUGCGAGAAAGGAUUAUAGAAGUCGAGAAACCAGAGAUACAAGAACGUAUAGUAGAUGUGCCAGAAAUACAAUAUGUUGAACGGGUGACCGAAAUACCAGAACCCAUCAUCCAAGAAAAUAUCGUACAUGUACCAAAACCAUUUUUGCAAGAAAGAAUCAAACGAUUGCCGAAACCUAUUAUACAGGAAAAAAUUGUUGAAGUUCCAGUUAUACAAAUUGUGGAAAAAGUUGUCGAAGUACCACAAUAUGUCUAUCAGGAAAAGGUAAUUGAGAUACCAAAAGUUGUCAUACAAGAACGUGUUGUCAACAUACCCAAGAAAGUUACAAAGGAACGCAUCGUUGAAGUGCCAAAAAUACAAUACAAAGAGGUAAUCAACGAACGCAUUGUUGAAGUCGAACAGGAAGUACCAGAAAUAGUUCAUAAGGAUGUGAGAGUUACGCACUAUGUAGAUCGACCUGUAGAGGUGGAGAAGAUUGUUGAAGUUCCACAAAUACAGCACAAAUACAAGGACGUAAUAACACCACAAUAUCGCAAAGUGCCAACACCUGUGGAGGUACCCGUAAAACAAUACAGAAACGUGCCGGUUACCAAGGUAAUCGACAGAAAUGUACCUGUACCAGUCGAAAUAGAUGUGGUACAGGAAUUCACAUGUCGUAACAUAGAAACAAGAUAUCAUGAAAUACCGGUGCCAGUACAUGUGCAAAGGAUCAUAGAACAUCCGUUGCCACACGAAGCUUUCCAAAAUACAAAACUUGUUCCUGGCUACUACCGGUCGGUUCAAGACAACCUGCGUACGAUGCAACAGGCGGGAUUGGGAUGCCACAACCACGGCCAACUUCCAAACACAAAUAAUCAAGAAUAA